GCAACAAAGGAGACGGAGAGGACGGUAGCUCCUCCUCUCGCUAUCUCUCUCUCUCUCUCCCUCUCUCGCUGCUUUAUAGAUGUAUAUAAUCCCUGAGUUGACCCAGAAAACAAAACUCCUCUGACUGCCGAGACGCCGCAGAGUUUUGUAUCCGCCGCAGGGCUGCAUGUAGCCGGAGCAUCAGCUGGAGAAACAAACCCCGGCACCGAUCCAACUUCUCCGCCGUACGGAUUCGACAUUAACACAUCGGGGCGCUAGAAGCCAUGGCUGAACACAUGAUGAUGCCCAUGACCCACAGCUUCAGGAUGGGCAUGAAUGGACCUCCGCAGCACAACGGCCAGCCCGGCCUGCGCACUCUGCCCAACGGCCAGGUGAUGCACUACGGCAGGAACCCUCAGAACAACAUGGAGGCCGCCAUGAGACAGCGGCAGGGCAUGGUGGGACCUGGCGGGAUGGCCGGCCCCUUGAACGGAGCUCCCAUGGCCAACCACCACCACCACCAGAUGAUGUCUGGGAACAUGAUGUACAAUGGCCAGGGUCCGCAACAGCAGCAGCACCACCACCACAUGCACCCCCAACAGCAACAGCAGCAGCAGCAGCAGCAACAGCAGCAGCAGCAGCAACAACAGCAGCAGCAGCAGCAGCAGCAGCAGCAGGGUGGACACCCGCAGCAGUACCUCCCUGGUAACCUCACCUCCCAGCAGCUUAUGGCCAGCAUGCACCUGCAGAAACUCAACACUCAGUAUCAUGGACACCCGCUGGUCUCAGGCAACGGCCACCACAUGCCCAACGGUGCUCAGUACCGGGUGGGCCCGGCCCAGCUAUCAGGCAUGCAGCACAUGGGUGGCCCUUUGGGACAAAACGGCAUGGACAUGGAUCUGAUCGACGAGGAGGUUCUGACUUCGCUGGUGCUGGAGUUUGGGUUGGAUCGCGUUCAGGAGCUGCCCGAGCUCUUCCUGGGACAGAAUGAAUUUGACUUCAUAUCAGACUUUGUGUGCAAACAGCAGCCGAGCACGGUGAGCUGUUGAGCGAAGCGUCCGGAGGCUGGUCGGGUUUUUGGUUGGACUGGACACUCCCAAAGAAUGACUGAGCGGUCACAGUAGCACAGCGAGAGGAGACAAUCUCUCUGUUCUGUUUGGGUGUUUCUGUGUCUGUGUAUCUGACAGUGACUAGUCCGCCUUCACACUGACCUGCCUGCGAGUUGAUGAAGAAUUGUAAAGAGAGAAAACGCACCAAGCGCACCAGGUUUAUUUUCUUUGAGCCGGUGCCAGAGAGAUCUGUCGUCUUUGGCCAAAUUGAGGCAUCCUGAUGCAGCGGGCUCUGUCUGUACCCAUCUGGCCCUCAGCACAUGUGCCUGCAUUGCCAAGGCUCUGGGAUCAUUGUAAACUUAACAAACACAACGGGGGAAGGCCUGAAAAGACUAUCCAUCUGGGUCUGCUAGAUUCUGUGGCACUACUUAAUGUAUUUUAUCUCUGAUGACACCUUCAAAUAGUAGCAGACAUUUUACAAAUUUAUAAAAGCUAGUCCUCUGAAUUUGUUUGUAUAACGAUGAAGGGAUUAAGAACAGAUAUCUUUUUUCUGACAUACAUAUUGAAGGCUGGCUCUUCAAAACUUGAGUUCCUACAAAAAGAAGUACACAUUUCCUCGAAGAGCAGGAGAGUGACGUUGGGCAGCAUUCCUGGGUGACGUGAAGUAGAUUAUCUCGGAUUAGUCGGGUGAAUUGUGCUACAUUGAUUAUUUAGCUUUCAGUGUCACUUACCUGACUCCCGAUUUAAUCUGCAAUCAUGAACUGUAUCACAUCUGUUCCCCGCUAAUUAACUGUGAUUGAAUCAUUGGCAAAGUAGCGCAUUGCUUAGAGUGUCUGCUUGAACAAAGCAUUUAUCUUUAGAAAAACGGCCUGGAAGACAUUUUUACAUGCUCAUCGCAAGCAAAGUUUGGGUUACUGCUUAGUAGAACUGCAUGAGCUGUUGGGGAGGAAGAAACAUGUUCGGAUAUGAGAAACGCCAUUACUGUGGCCUGUUGCAAGAUCCAAGUAAAAGCCAAACAAAAAUAAAAAAGUAGCCAUCAGACGGGUGAAGGUGUCGAUCACAGAUCUGAGGUGGGAUUUCUUUUGUUCUACAACAGGAUUGGUUUAAAAAAGAAAAAAAAAGAAAAAGAGCGUGAUUGCAGAAUUUGCAUCUGUGUGUUGUUUGUGUACGUCUGUGUGUGUGGUCAGUGCGGUGAGGCUUUUAAAACCCAUUGAAUGGCGUUCUCUCUAAACACAUGGCCCUGUCUGCUGAAGGUGAUUGGAGCUGCGUGGGGAAAGAGGAGAGGGAGAGAGAGAGAGAGAGAAAGAUAGAGAUUCUGAUGAGCGGACACAAUGUGUGGGCACAGCACUCCCUGGCAGCAUUUAGUUUAAUCAUUAUUUAAAUCUGCUACCUGUGGCAUUGAUUUCAUUCCGCAGGAAGAGCAAGCGGGGAGCACAAAGCCUGCAAAGUUGUUGUUUUUGCCAUAGAUUAGCUUACUCUGCUGCUUUUCUACUGAUUAGAUAUAAAUUACAUGUUCUCACACGCUUGUCUUAAUUGAGGUCGGCUUGCACAUUCUCCAAUGACUCAAUAAUUAUAAAACGGACAUAUUCUGUGGCGCUUUUUUUUUUUUUUUUUGCGCAGUUGGUAAUUAGGUUUUUGUCAAGGUUGCUGCUCUGCCGCUGCAGGCGGGUUGAGAGAGAACUUCCUGCACUCGUAAUGCUAUUUGUGGAGCUGUCAGAGGGGUCAGGGCUGCGCUAGUGCACUGUGUUAAUCUGUUCCAAUACAACUGUGCUGCUGCCCCUGUCUCUCUGGAGAUCUGCCAUCUCCGAGCUCUUGAGUCAAACAAUGGGCAUUGAAACGCUGUUGUAAAGGCAGAGAAGUGCCAGCGAGUUCACGCACUGUUUCACUUUCUGCCUGACACAAUUUGGCCACACCAACUUACAAGCUCACGGUUGAAAUGGUAAACACUGCUGGCCUUAGCGAGACAGUGGCCUCUGAUUACUGCUAUAUCAAUAAGCGCAGCAUUCUUGUGUAUCGUAUCUUUGUACUGUAGACUAGAGGUGAAGUUGAUCUAGACACAUUUAAUAAGGUACUUUCGAAAAAAAACAUUGUCAGAUGUAAAUGUAAAUCAGUGGCUGAUUUUUGAUGUGUUGACAAGAGAUUAUACCCUACAUUUUUACAAAUGAGUGUGUAGAUACAGUGUGAGAAUACCAAUGGUUUUUGGGUGCAGGGCCUGAAGCUUUAAGACCAAGUACACUGCAUGUUAAAGCAAGCGUGAGGGAUGCCACCCCCUUUCAUACAAAGCAGCUGAGAAUGUACAGUACAACACAUUGUGGGAACUUGUCUUAAGAUGGUAGAUAAACGUGUGAGAUUGUACUCCUUGUUCCAAAUUACACAUCAUUCAUUUGGGUAAACCCCCUCCUACUCCCUUCCCACGUCCCUAAAGCUUUUGUAAUGUUAUUGAUUCUAUUUUAAGAAAAUGUAUUUAUUUUCAAAUAAAAUAUUUAUUUAAAGAAA